AUGGCCGAAACAGAGCAUACCCAUCAGCCCCCACUCCCGGCUGAGGAAGAUAUACUAUCUCCACCUUCACCAGAACCACUUCUUGCUUCAGUUGAAGUUGAAUCAGUUGUAGAAGCUGUAGAGGAGCAUCACUCUGUUGUUACUGUUGUUGAAAAGGAGGGUCCUUUAACUGAACUUCCACAAGAACCAACAACAACUCUUGCUGAGGCUCAACAGGUCUCUGUUACACUUCCUGAGAAAGAACCUACGGAAUCUGACAAAUCUAAACCUGUUGAAGAGAAAAAGAUCCCUCAAUCUUUGAUUUCAUUUAAAGAAGAGAGCAAUAAAGUUUCAGAUCUAUCUGAUUCGGAGGUAAAAGCACUUGAAGAUUUUAAAUUUCUUGUUCAAGAAGCUGUUAAAGAUCAGACCUUUAAUACUGGAACAACAGAUUUGCCUCAAGAAGUAUCUAUUUGGGGUGUACCAUUAUUGAAAGAUGGUAGGAGUGAUGUUAUUCUGCUUAAGUUUCUUAGAGCUAGAGAUUUCAAGGUUAAGGAGUCAUUUGCUAUGUUAAAGAACACAAUUUUAUGGAGAAAGGAGUUCAAUAUUGAAGAACUAGUAGAUGAAAAUCUUGGGGAUGAUCUUGAAAAAGUAGUGUUUAUGGAUGGUCAUGAUAAAGAGGGACACCCUGUUUGUUAUAAUGUGUAUGGGGAGUUUCAGAAUAAGGAAUUGUAUAACAAAACAUUUGGCGAUGAGGAGAAGAGAAACAAGUUUUUGCGCUGGAGGAUUCAGUUCUUAGAGAGGAGUAUAAGGAAGUUGGAUUUCAGUCCUGGUGGAAUCAAUACUAUAUUUCAAGUCAGUGACCUCAAGAACUCACCUGGUCCAGGGAAAAGGGAACUUCGAAUUGCUACUAGGCAGGCCUUGCAAUUGCUUCAGGAUAAUUAUCCCGAAUUCGUUGCUAAGCAGGUGUUUAUCAAUGUGCCUUGGUGGUAUUUAGCUUUCUACACAAUGAUCAGCCCAUUCAUGACGCAGAGAACAAAAAGCAAGUUUGUAUUUGCUGGUCCAUCAAAGACUGCAGAAACUCUUUACAAGUAUAUAACUCCUGAGCAAGUACCUGUUCAAUAUGGGGGCCUCAGCGUCGAUUACUGUGAAUGCAAUCCUGAGUUCACUUCCAAUGAUCCAGUCACAGAGAUCAUUGUUAAACCUGCAACAAAGCAAACCGUGGAGAUCAUUGUAAAUGAGAAGUGCAUUAUUGUCUGGGAGCUACGUGUAUUGGGUUGGGAGGUGACAUAUAGUGCUGAAUAUGUGCCAAAUACAGAGAGUGGAUACACUGUGAACAUACAGAAGCCUAGGAAGAUGACAACAGCUGAUGAACCUGUUGUUAGCAGCAGCUUCAAGAUUGUCGAGCUAGGUAAGAUACUGUUGACGAUUGACAACCCUACGUCAAAGAAGAAGAAGCUUCUGUACAGGUUCAAGGAUAAGCCCUAUUCUGAUUGAGUGAGAUACUCUAAUCAUUUCAUCAUGGGAUGACUGUGGAUAUGAAUUUUGACAUGCACACAUCUUUAUGUAUGAGGAGGUGGAAUUUGUGUUGAUUCACUUUGUUAGUUCAUGGAUAUUCUGGGUUGUUUUUAUUUUUUUUUAUAUGAAUUUCUUCUUUGUAGCUGAAAUUGUACUGUCCUUUCUUUGACCUGAGGGCAAAUGUUAGAAUUCUCCCUGUAACUUUGGUAUUUGGUUUGAUACUUGAACGUGACGAUGUUGUAGGCUUCUGGCCAAGAAUGAAGAAUUUGAGUUGCAGCGGAUAUGUAUGUACGUUGAGUUGAAGAAUUUGACGAUUUUAUCAGUUA